GAGACUCGCCGCCACCAGCCCAACUUUAAUCACAAACAAUGUUUUUUAAUCAUCAUCCGAAAAACUUGGAAUAAUGUCAUGAAUGAGACCGUUCUAAUGUUAAGCGGCGCGUCGGCGCCUCGUUCUGGCGGCGGCAAUGGUCGUUCGGUGCUUGUUUAAUUUUUAUUAUGUUUAAGGUGCUUUGCACUUCCGGUGAAUCUUUAUAGAAGAUCUGAUCUUUUUCGCAAAAAAGAAAAAGGCUGACAGUCCUUUAACAACUUGUUUGCGAAUUCUGUAGAAUUUGGAAACCUUCGCUAUAGAUUUGAUUUUCAUGCUCUUCUAUGUUCAUUUUGUUUCAAAAACAUGGGUGCAGCCGUGCAAGAAUGAGCCAGCAAUAGGGGUACAAUUAUCCCUUCACAAGAAAGAACGGAGAUCCCAAUACAAGAACAGCUUUUUUCGGACGCAGGGAGUAACAGAUAAGUGUACCACUACCCAUCAAAAAGAAAAAAGAUAAGUGUAUCACUACCACCUGAUGAAGUACACGAGAACGUGGUGGUGCCCCUCGGACCCUCGGCCAUGACUGACCAACCCGGGCUCCGCCGGAGGAGGAGGAGCGGAUGCCUCGCCGGCCAGAGACGUGGCAGAAGCACAGGGCAGAUACGGCGCGCGAGAACUGAACAAGGAGCACCAAAGCGCGCAGGUUUGGUUUCCUGACAGACGGGAGCCCUAGGGCGUAGCGGAGAGGCCAGUCGACUGAUCAGUGGAAGGCGAUGAGCUUAAAGCCGUCGUCGGCAACGAGAAGUAGGCCGCUACGCACGCCGUGGUUCGUAGCGGGUCAUGCUCAGAGUCGUUUCUCCCUCAGUGGUCCGAUUUGGUAGGAUCACAUUUUUCACACGCACGCAUGAUUCACUAAUCAGAUUCCGGACAUCCCAGGCUCCGGAAAGAGACAAAGUUCGCAAGAUCCAGUAUCACAUGGUUCCAGAACUGCUCCUGAGCGAAUAUCAAGUCUGUUCCAUAGGUUCCUCCAGAUGGCAUCUUAAUUCGCUGACGUGAUGUAAACCAUUGGCAAUUAAGUAGUAGUGCGAAGAGUACAAUGAGAAACCAUACAAAUCAUGCAGUGAGGAAGAAACGAGGCAUCUUCCCUCGGAAGAUCCUCCAGUCACCGGAACCAUAUAAUCUAAUUUGAUCUCAGCCAAAAUGCUAGUAAUAAACAACACUAUUUAUAGCAGACAUCCACGAGUAUCCUCUGCCCCGGCUCACGGUCACACUCACACAUACGCACGCUCGCGGCUUGCCCCGAUCGAUGGCCAAGGUCGCGCCAUUUCUCCUCCACCAUGCGACGCCACUGCCCAACCUCAAGCUCCAUACUCCUCCAAGAAGCACCUCACUUCAUGCCAGGCACUCCACGCCCGGCCUCGCACGGUGCGCCACCACCACCACCACCACCGUGUUGCAGGACGAGGAGCCCUUCAGCCUCGAGCGGUACAUGGCGUCCAAGGCGGCGACCGUGAACGAGGCGCUCGACCGCGCCCUGCCGCCCGGGCACCCCGAGCGCCUCCUCGAGUCCAUGCGCUACUCGCUCCUCGCGGGCGGCAAGCGGGUGCGCCCCAUGCUCGCGCUCGCCGCGUGCGCGCUGGUGGGCGGCGGCGAGGCCGCCGCCGAGCCCGUGGCCUGCGCCGUCGAGAUGGUCCACGCCAUGUCGCUCGUCCACGACGACCUCCCCUGCAUGGACGACGACGACCUCCGGCGCGGCCGCCCCACCAACCACGUCGCCUUCAGCGUCAGCACCGCGCUGCUGGCCGGGGACGCGCUCCUGGCGCUCGCGUUCGAGCACCUCGCCCGGGGCUGCGCGGACCGCGGCGUGCCGGCCGACCGCGCGCUCCGCGCCGUGGCGGAGCUCGCGGGCGCCGUGGGCGCGGGCGGGCUCGCGGCGGGGCAGGUCGUGGACCUCGCCAGCGAGGGCGCCGACGUCGGCCUCGCCACGCUGGAGUACAUCCACGUGCACAAGACGGCGCGGCUCCUGGAGGCCGCGGCGGUGUGCGGCGCCAUCGUCGCCGGAGGGGACGACGAGGAGGUCGAGGGCGUCCGGCGCUACGCGCGUUACGUCGGCCUGCUGUUCCAGGUGGUCGACGACGUGCUGGACGUGACGCGCACGUCAGAGCAGCUGGGGAAGACGGCGGGGAAGGACGUGGCGACCGACAAGGCAACGUACCCGAAGCUGAUGGGCGUGGACGGGGCGCGCGCGUACGCCGCCGAGCUUGUGGCGAGCGCCGAGGCAGAGCUAGACCGCUUCGACGCUGCUCGUACAGAACCCCUGCGUCACCUCGCACGCUUCAUUGCGUACCGGCAGCACUAAUUAAUUAGUGCAAGAUUAUCACAAUUUGGUUGUAAAAAAAUGCUUGUGCCCCUGUCAGCACUAUCGAAGUCGGUCA